AUGGCGUCCCAUGCCGAUCUGCUACACAUCUUCCUCAGGGACUGGAAGGUCCACAUCCGCCCUGUGCUGCUUAUUAGCGUCAUCUCCGUUGUCUGUGUCUGGUUCGUCCGCCAGCUCGCAUCGCCGCUGAACAAGUACCCUGGUCCUCUGCUUGCGGCAUGGACCAACUGGUACCGCUUCUAUCUCGUACUCACUGGCAGGUAUCACCUGAAGAUAAAGGAGUUCCAUGAGAAAUAUGGCCCGGUCGUCCGUAUCGGCCCCAAUACCUUGGACCUGGACUAUCCAGAGCUCACCAAGACGAUAUACAGUAUAGAUGACAGCUGGUUGAAGACCGACUUCUAUCAUGGCAACAGCAUCAAGGUCAACGGCAAGAUUGUGUACACCAUGUUCAGCAUCCCAAGCAAUGAGGAGAACCAGAUCAUGAAGCGACCCAUCGCGAAGCACUACUCGCCUGGAGCCGUACUCGCCCUUGAGCCGCUCCUGGAUGGUGUCAUGGGGCAGCUUUGCGACGAGCUCGAUCAACGCUUUGUAAAAACUCCCACUGGUUCGAAACCCUGUGACUUGGGUGCCUGGAUCGCAUACUGCAUUUGGGACUUGAUUGGCGCCGCUUCCUUCAGCAAGGACUUCGGAUUCAUGGCACAUGGAGCCGACUUUGAUGGAACCAUUGGCAUCGCCGACAAGGCAUUGGACUACUUCGCGGCUGUUGGACAAAUGCCCUUCCUCGACUUCCUCCUCGACAAGAACCCCAUCUACAGGUUGGGCCCUCCAAGUCUAGGCAACAUCCAACGCGUCGCUCUGGAGCGCAUCGCCACCCGUGUCCAGGGCAAGGAUCGCGACUACAACCCAGCCGUGCCGGAUUACCUCCAUCAUUUCCUCGAGGCCAGGAGGGAGAACCCGGAGCUCGUGGACGACGGCAUGCUCCUCGGCUAUCUCUUCAUCAACCUCGUCGCCGGCGCUGAUACCACUGCGCUCUCGAUACGGGCCGUCAUCUACUUCUUGCUCAAGAACCCCAGGGCGUACGAGAGGGUCAAGAAAGAGAUUCGAGGCGCGAAGCUUGGACGGGUCGCGAAGUACCAUGAGGCCAAAGCCCUGCCAUAUCUUGAGGCUGUUAUCCGUGAGACGAUGCGCCUACAUCCCGGCGUGUCCAUGUUGCUGGAACGUUACGUCCCGGUGGGAGGUCUGAAGCUCCCCGAUGGCAGCCUCGUCCCGCCCCAGACAUCUGUCGGGCUUAAUGCCUAUGUCACGCAUCGUAACAAGGACAUCUACGGUCCUGAUGCGGACGAGUACAAGCCUGAGCGCUGGCUGCGGGCUGCGGGCGAGUCGGAAGAGGCUUACCAGCAACGUCUGAAGGUCUACCUCAAGUACGAUUUCACAUUUGGUGCUGGGCCUAGGAUCUGCCUCGGACGUCAUGUGGCUGUCAUCAAGACGUACAAGCUCGUGGCUACACUCAUUUCAAACUACGAUAUUGAACUAGACCACCCGGAUCGCGAGUGGAAGAUCCACUGCGGCUGGUUCUUGCGUCAAUAUGGGAUCAUUUGCAAUCUGAAGAAGGUCCGGUGA